AAUUUAGCAGACAAGUUCAACUGUCGACCAACGAUGAAUCGAAUGGCUAUCCCCACUGCCAAAAUCUGCGGUGAAUGAAAAUGGCGGUGCAAGAUGGUGGGGGAAAGGAUGAGUUAAAAACACAGUUUAUAACAAGGGAAGGAACUUACAGAUUGAUGACCCUUUCGGAAUAUUCAAGACCCACCAGGGUCGGUUAUACCAACAAUCAAGGCAAUGCUGCUGUUCGUGUGUCGUUUGUUACGUUGCCUGAUCCAAGUGGCAACGGUGACAGGAUUUGUUUCAAUUUUGGCAGGGAACUUUAUGUUUAUGUUUAUAAAGGUGUUAAAAAGGCAGCAGAUCUCACGAAGCCGGUAGAUAAGAAGAUGUAUAAAGGAACAAACCCAACGUGCCACGAUUUUAACGUCGUUACAAUGACACCCGACAGUGUUUCCCUGGUAAUCGGUUUCUCCACUGGGCAAAUUCAGCUCAUAGACCCUAUCAAGAAAGAACUGAGUAAACUAUACAAUGAAGAGAGGCUGAUCGACAAAACAAAAGUAACCUGCAUCCGGUGGGUCCCUGGUUCGACAAACCUUUUCUUGGUCUCGCACAGUAGUGGACAACUGUACCUGUACAAUGAAGAGCUUCCAUGUGGCACUGCACCUCCUCACUAUCAAACUUUCAAACAAGGUGACGGUUACACUGUGCAUACGUGCAAGACAAAGAGCACACGCAAUCCAUUAUACAGAUGGGUUGUUGGAUCAGAGGGUUGUUGUGUUAACGAGUUCGCAUUUUCACCAAGUGGUACUCAUCUUGCCGUCGUCUCACAAGAUGGUUUCUUGCGUGUUUUCAACUAUGACACUAUGGAACCUGCUGGCAUUGCACGUAGUUACUUUGGUGGUUUUUUGUGCGUGUGCUGGUCACCUGAUGAACGUUAUGUUGUUGUUGGUGGUGAGGAUGACUUAGUCACUGUGUGGAGUUUCGCAGAGAGGCGUGUUGUAGCACGUGGUCAGGGGCAUCGAAGUUGGGUCAGUGUUGUAGCUUUUGAUCCUUAUACAUCAUAUAGCAGUCAUGACGAUUUUAGUGGAGGUUCAGAUGAGGACGAUCCAACGGAAAGGCACCCAGUAAACAAUGAACUAGGGCGUGUUAACACAGCUACGUGUUAUAGGCUAGGGUCUGUUGGGCAAGACACUCAGUUAUGUUUGUGGGACAUAACGGAAGAUAUUCUCAAGCAACCACCGUGUCCACCAAAGCCCAGGGUAACUGGAACCACAACAUCUAGUUUGUCAAAUGCAAAUGGAACAACAUGUCGUGCUAAUGCUGUAGGAGCAUCUCGAGGCAACACUUCUUCUCCACAACAGACUGAUAACCCAUCAGGGAAAGAUAAGGACUGUGUAGCUGAUGGUAACCUCUCAUCACAUAUGCACAAUUCUACUGGUCCGUCUCUGACACAGAGGUUAGCGGGUUUUGGGUUUGGUGACAGAAAGGAUGCUCAUAAACGGAACUUCAGCCUAGCAUCUCGAGGUGGUAGUGGAAGUGGGAGUGCAGAAAAGAGUGGUCAUUCAGCAGCUAAUCGUUCGACUGCCGAUGAUCCGAUGAAACUCAUUGGAACAGCUGCUUGUCCUCGAUUUGACGAGUGUCCUGUGUUAGAACCGCUUGUGUGUAAAAAGAUAGCUCAUGAAAGGUUAACUGCACUCGUGUUUAGAGAAGACUGUUUUGUGACAGCAUGCCAGGAUGGAUAUGUCUACACGUGGGCCCGACCUGGGAAAAUGGGACCAGUGCCACAUAUUCCAUCGAGUCCAACUGCGGUGACUGCCCCUUCUACAUCCACACCAGCUGGAGCUGUUACUUCCAUGCCUGGAGGAACUGUGGUAUAGCAAGAAUCCUGCCCUGACUGCUGCUGUGACAGGUGUCGCAGGGCGGCAGGUGCCCAUUCUGGUCGUGCUCGUGCUGUGCUGACUCUUGGAGCUUGGUGGGCAUCUUCAGCGUGUACGUCUGCCGCCACUCUAUAGUGUGUUCCUUUCCUGACUCACCAGAAGCCUUCUGGAAUAACUUGCUGAAGCCACAUAAAGAGUUUGUGUAGGCUUGCAGCAUGAUGGGAGUCAAAACUGAGCAGUGCAGAUCAAUAAUCGUUGAUGAUUUUUUUAGUAUUGCUUUGUGUGUGUGUGUGUGUGUGUGUGUGUGUGUGUGUGUGUGUAAACGUGCAUACUACUAUGCAUGUGCACAUGUUGUUAUGUGGAUGGACAUACAUGUGUAUGCACAUUCUUGUACAUAUAUACAUAUAUUUUUUGUUUGUCUCAAAAGUUUGUUGAAGAUAUUUAUGAAAAUUUUGUGUAUAUGAAGUAUCAUUUCUGUGCUCAUAUCAAUUUCCUUGGCACGGAUCUGGAUUGUGUCUUCUUUUUCAGUGAGCAUCUUGCAAAUGUAUGAAAGUACAUAAGAAUUAUUGCAAAUUAAUUUCAUUGUUUGUAUGACAUGGUGCUGUCGGUCAAAGUACUCAUUGUUUGUCUUGAAUAUCAGUAUCUUAAGUUAAACACAGAAGAAAAGCUCUCUCCACUGCAUGCUGCAGUUUAUUUUUAAUAAUCUUUGUCACAAUUUGUAAUUUAAAAUGUGAAGUGCAAAGUUGAUGGAGAAUGUUAUAGUUCAAAUAAGUAUCCAUAAAGAUCUCAAAAAAGAAUACAGUGCAGUCUGCAUUAAGAGUGAUGACGGUAAGUUGUAUGUACUAUGAUUCACAAUUUUUUCUUUAGCUUAUUGUCAGACAAAAUUGCCUUAUCUUGAGCUGAAAAUAAAUCAAAAGACAGAUGCCAAGAACAAUAGCAAACUCGCAGUAAUUAGGAAGUGUGUAAGGAAAGACAUUUGUUUCAAUUCCUGUUACAUAAUACGAAAUAAUGAUACAAAUUUAUUAUUUGUAGACAGACUUCCCAUACAAAAAAAGUCUAAAGUAUACUGGUAGUAUAAACGCAGUUUUUAAGAUCUUCGAUGGUGAUAUCUCUGGAGGGGGGGGGACACAGUAAUUAUUUGCCAAUAAGUAAUAAUAGGCCAGACGAAAUAAGAUUCUCCUGCUCAUGUGUUUACGAACAAGGCCAGGUUGGCGUUUUUUUUUAAUUUUUUUAUACUAUUAUUAUUAAAAAAGUCAGAGGUCUCUCUACAGUACUAGCAACAAGUAAAGAGUCUAAUUUCACUAUAUGAGCACAGCCUCAUACAUAUGUGAAAUAUCAUCCAUUACUUUUAUCAAAGUUAAGAACAAACAAUGAAUGCAUUUCCACUGGCUUUCGAAUUGUUGUUGUUGUUACAAAGAAUCCUUUGCUUACGAAACAAACUAACGGGAAGUUUUGACAUUAAAUUUUGUAAUCGCAAAACCUAGAAACUAGGCAUGAAGACCCAAAAAACACUGCUGGUUGGGCAACUACAAAUUUUCAUUUUCAGAGUAUUUACUUUUCUAGGAAAACAGAAGUGUCAGAAACCCCCCCCUCCGCCUUACACACACACACACACACACACACACACACACACACACACACACACACACACACACACUUGUCCUAAAAAUGAAUUUCACAAAUACACUCAGGAAACCCUUAUUGUCAAGCAUGUCUGUGGAGGAAUAUUUUGAAAAGUUGCUUACUUAAAAUCUGGUAUUCAAGGCAAAAUUCACUUGUACACAUUUUUUGUCUCGGACAAAUUGGAUGAAAUGGAAUUCCAGCACAGAUUCCUGUGCAUGGCAAAAAGGUGAUGCAAACUAAACAGUAAAAGAGGGAAGGCUUUGUUUUUUGUUGUUUAUGUUACUCAUAAUUAAUACAUACUCAGUCAUACCCUCAUACAAAUAUGGUUUGAAUACUGCUGGACAGUUAAAUAUUCUUACAAAUUGUUCAUGCAAUAAAAAUUUCAUAUUGCAAUAGACAAUUUGAUAUUGUAAAAACAUUUACAGCUACAGCUGUGGUAUGCUCCUGAUGGCAAUGAUAGAGUGUAAUACAUUUUAAUUUUGAAAAAUGUCUUGUGAUUAUUUAAUUGAAGAGAGAGGGAAGUCUGGGACAGAUACAUAUUUAAGUACUUUUUAGCAAAAUAAAAUGUCUUCAGUAUUUAUUUGCACAGAGUAAAAUGUUCUUUGCUUUCUGUAGCUUUUAUUGAAGAUCUGUUGAUUUUUGUCUGUAAUUUAAUUGGACUCUGCGUGGUUCCAAAAAUAAUUUUAUAUUGUGGCCUAAAAGUUUUAUUGAUUUAAACUGUUUUAAAGCCUCAGGUUCAGAGAUACUUCAUACAUACAUUUUCUGUUGAUUAUUUAAUAGUUUUAUGUAGUUACAAAGAAUAUAUGACCAAAGAUAACUAUAAUGAAAUCAUUAAAUUGUAUUUAACAAAUGUAAAAAUAAUGCAUUCCAAUUGUAUUUAUCGUAAAUGUUGACUUUAAAAUAAAUGCCAGUGCUUUGUUAUGUUUCACUGUUUUUUUACAAAAAGCACAAAAUUAGAGUUUUAACUUUUGUGAUAUAAAAACAAUGUAUAUGGGCAAAAUGUAUUGUAUUUAUAAAAUUUUUGUUUGCAUGGUAUACCAAUCAAAAUAUUUCAGUCGGAAUGUUGAGUAAGUUACAAUGAAAUAAAUACUGUAUUAAUGUUAGCAUAGUAAGGAGGUUUUUGUACCAAGGAAACAGUUGCAUAUUCUCUAAUCAAAGCCUCAUUCAUAGUUCCUGGCUCUAAAGUGAAUGAAUAUUAUCUUAGUUUGCUGAAAAGCCUAAUUUUAUGUAGAUAUCAUUGGACAUAGCUAGUAAGAAAGCAACCAGAAAAGCUUUAAUAUGUACAUUUAUUAUGUAUUAUCUGUAAAGAAUUACACUUGUGAACUCACGAGAGACCUGCCAUCAGAUUGGAUUAUGAAAAAAAAAUUGUUGUAUGCUGUGUAAGUGUUGUAAUUUUUAACAAUACAUAAUUUAUGAACAAGGAAAAUUUAGGUAUACAUGCAAAGAAGAGCCAGACUCACUAAACCUUAAACAGUUGCUGAACUACUGUAAACAUAUGUUUCUGAAACUCUUAGCAGAUAAUUUCCUAAGAAAGGAAGAAAACAAUAAAAAGAGGAUGAGGUGGUAUAAAGAAUUUAUCUACCCUAGUUUUGGUGGGAAAUUAGGGAGAUCCUGUCCUUUCAUAACAACUAUUUAGAACACUGUCAUUUUUGUGUUCCUGAUGUAUCACAUGAUCGUUUGCAUUCUCAAGUCAUCUUAACAUCUUUAGCUAUCUUUGAUUUCUGCAUUUAUUCUUGAUGGCAUGAGGAGGAAGAUGAAGUACUUCUUUUUUACAUGUACAUUAUUUUUGAAAAAAAUCUUUCUUACAAUGUUAAUUAAUAACAAUGUUUAAGAAUAUAAUUUUCUCUGGGUUGUCAGGAGUUAAGAUCUAGUUCUGUUCUCUUGAUUUUGGAGAAGCUGUUCUUGCAAUUUUAGAGGGACUGGAGCACAUGCUACUCCCUGUUUCAUCAUUUCAUGUGUACAACCUCAGUUGCACCAUCUAAUCUUUUAAGUCAUUGGUCUGGUUACUCUGUGAAAAGGGAAUUACAUACUUGUAAUUGGCUUUGUAUAAAUAUUGGGCUGCAGCUAAGAAUACACAGAUCAAAUCCAUUUUAAAUUCAACCGUGGAGGCAUUUGUCAUUUGUUUUGUUUUCAGAAUACAUUCAGUAGAGAACUCUGAGAGAGGGGUGGGGGGGAACUGCUCUGUACAAAGAAAGCUUCCAUUUAAUUUCGUCAUCAACUCUGUCGUAUCAGGAUUUGUAGUUUCAUGUUUGAAAUUUUCACACUAUGUGCACAGUGUAACGGAUGACAAAAUAAUGCCAAGGGAUGUUUCAACAAUUUAUGAACUAUGUUUUGAAUCUAUCAUUUGUGGCAGGUUAACACUUAGAAUCCUCCCUGCUUCCAUCAUCAAUGGAAGUAAACUAUUAACAAAACUAAAUAAAACUGACGUUUGUUUCUAACUACAGUCCUGUAUUUGACUCAUUAAACAAAGAUUCACUUCUGCUAAAAAGUGGGUACUUCCUCUGUCCUUCUGUGUCGCCUCCACAACCACCUCUUAUUCUUUCAAGGAUUAUAUAUCUGUCACAAAGUGUGAGGAAAUUGACUGUCGACUAGCAGGGAAUUAUAUUUACUUGAUUUGGAGUUAUUAGAUAUCCUUGUGCUGCAGUUAUAUAAAUUUUUUUAUAUGUUAUAUUAAAAAAGUAUCUUAAGAGUGCAAUCUAGAGCAGCUGUGUGUGAGUUUUAGAUUAUUUAUGAAUAUUAAUAAUAUAUAACUCUAAUAUUAGUUUUUCAAACAAGUCUGUGAUUUAAAACAAAAUAAUGUAGUACAUGUAACCUUGAAAUGGUGGUUCAUGUUGAAAUAUUUUGCUAUACAGUUUGUAGUCAUGUAAGCAGAGGUUUGAGUAGUAGAUGUGUUGUGAUCCCUCACAAACAUUUUAUCUGUAAUAUUUAUUAAUAUGUGUUGAAGUAAAGACUGUCAAUCCCAUUACAUUACUGGUCUUAAGACAGCUUAUGAAAUGACGAAAAAAGUUUUAGUGCUCAAGACACUUCAUAAACCUGACAUUUCACAGUGCAAUGUAUAAUGAAAAUUCAUUUUUCACAAGCAAAAUUUUUUUUGAGUAGUUUUGGAAAUGCUCUCUUGGCUGUCAACACCUGUACAUUCUGAGAUAAAAUUAUGCUAAUAUGAAAUGUGACUCAAUAUUCAUUCACUUUGUUGAAAUGGUAUUGUGGAGAUUGUGCUUCAUUCAUUUUAUAAUAGGCAUUUUCAUAUGGUGCUUACUCAGUCUGCCAAAAGGCACAUUUUGCAUAUACAUACUUAUACCUGCUGUUCCUUAGCCAUGUGUAAGACACACUUUUUGUUCAUGUAAUUUGAUGAGGAAACUAAAAAGUUCUCAUCACAAUGGAAGAAAAAGACACUGUGGUGUGCAUAUUUUUAUUUGAACAAUUUAUGUAUCAUAGCCAUCAGUUUUUUUGGUGAUAAAAAAUAUGACAUGUA